UUAGCGCUAUUUAUAUUCAUCGACUUGGCCGUGUGGGCCAGUGUAUCUCAGGCCCGGUGCCAUUCACAAGAAGAAGAAGAAGAAGUUACUUACACCAUGGACGAGAGUAUAGUAAAAGAAGAAAACAUUGAUGCUCCAGAAAUAAGCUAUGAGGAAAAGCUACAGCUUGUGAAUGCUAUUGCCAAACCUAUAGCACCUAAGAAACUAACCAAAAAGAUCUAUAAAUGUAUAAAGAAAGCAUCCAAGCACAAGACAUAUCUGCGCAAUGGCUUAAAGGAUGUACAGAAACACCUUCGUAAGGGUGAAACAGGUUUGGUUGUCUUUGCGGGAGAUGUAUAUCCCAUCGAAAUUAUGUGUCAUUUACCGAUUGUAUGCGAAGAUAAAAAUAUUCCCUAUUGCUUUACUCCAUCAAGAUUGGAUAUUGGUACAGCGAUGGGUGUAAAGCGUGGCAGUCUCAUGGUGCUGAUAAAAGAACAUCUAGAUUAUAAAGAUUUGUACGAUGAAGUUAAAAGUGCAAUGAUAACGCUUUCCACACCUCUAUAGCUUGUAUAUUUAGGUUACAUUUAUUUUAUAUAUAAAAAAAUAAAAUUAAAAUUAAAUAUAAAA